AUGUCGAGACAACCACGAUCCAUAGCGAGCGCGGGCAGCGAGUCCAUUGGGAGUAUUCCACAGCGAUCUUCUCCGCACGGAGAGCGCUCCGGCUCGAACCCUGCAUCUUCCACGGGAGACAACGAUGAUACGGCGCUGCCAUCAAUGGAAUUCCACUCACAUUCCCACUCUCAGCCGUCUAUUGCCCAUCGCCGAACGGGAAGCACGUUGAAAACGGUCAUGCGCAAGAUCUUCAACCGCAAAAGACAAAGUCAAGCCGACGAACUGGAGGAGAACCCAUCCGAAUCCACUUUUGCGAUGCCACCGAUGCGAAAAUCAGGACCAGCGAAAGGCAGACCGUUGUUGGCUGUUCCGCCUCCUUUGAAUUUGAAUUUACACCGAAGCAGUCCACUCUCGGCGGAGAACCUGCAGCUCGCUGGAACACAUCUGUCUCCGAUUAUGUCUCCACUAUCUCCUCUAUCCUCUGCAACCUUGCGCGAUUCAAUGCCGGGUAGCAUGCAGCCACGUCGAAGACGCGCAACUCUCCCUAGCGUGGUUUUCUCAGACGAUGAAUCUCGACACAGCUUGCUCUCCCACCGCCUAUCAAGGAGCACGGAUGCAUUGCGCGAAAUGACAGAUAACAUGCCAGAGAUCAUGACCUCUUGGCCACAGCGCACAUCAUCCGCGCCUAGGCCAGCCUCGGUUCCUGACUCGCAGUCCCCGCCAUUAGAUGAAAGCUCUAAUAGUGGAUAUUCGGGGCGGCCCUCACCGGGAACAACAGUAACCAGUGUGACCCGAGUGUCCGCCGAACCAUCCUUGAUGGAAGUCGAGCAAACACCAGAACGACCCAGCCUCCCGUCGAACCUCGCAAGUCUAGUCAGCACAAUGCAGCAAGAUGACAGUGUCACCCUGGAACAGCGGUUGACCACACUCGAAGUGAAACUAAUUGAUUUGGAAUUCGCUAUUGCGCGAAUGCAAACCAACGGCCCCGAAAAUUCCACCGAAAAACCAUCGCGCCCCCGACAGCCCCCUUCAGCAGACUCCUUCCCUCCUCACAUGCGCAACAAACCCACCGCAAGCGACCGCGACGAUUCCCCAAGCCCCCUCCCAAACAUCUCCACCCGCCCCUCCAGCACAAGCACAAUCCGCGCAGACACAAUGGCCCCACGCACCCUCCGCCCCGCCCCAUCAGCCUCAUCCCUGUCCGACUACCACGGCGUCUCAAUUGAGCAAUACAGCACGCUAGUCACGCUCCUGCGUCGUGAACAAACAGCCCGCAGAAACCUCGAGACACAAGUCGGCAGUUUGCGCGAUGACAUUCGCGAUCUGCAGCGCGCAGCUCUCGAGUCCAUGCAGUCGGGUAUAGGCAUGAGCAUGAUGCAGCCCGCGUGUUCCACGGAGUCGCGACAGUUCCUGCGUUUCCGUCGCGCACUAGAUGACUCUAAUACCUCUCCGGCACUGAGGUCAGAUGAUAAGCGCACUGGUAUUGAGGACACUGACUCCGAUUGGGAUCGGUCAGAUAUCUAUUCCCGCGAUGAUCCCUUCGGUCCUCCGAAGUGGGAGCGUCAGCGGAUUAUCACUACCCCUAUGAUUUGA